GCCGCUUCGCCGCCGCUUCACCGCCGCUUCACCACCGCUUCACCACCCCAGGGGGGAAGAGCGAACCUUAGUGGAGCGAGCAUGCAUGAAGUGCAUCUUUAAGUAUGCCGCCCUCCCCCGGCCGAACUUUUGAGUGGAGGCAACCAAACGGAUGCGACUGAGGGGAGGCAGCUGACUGGAAGCGCAGCUGGGGGACCCACCGCCACCAUGGCGCACAGCGACGACUCGCAGAACGAAAGGGAGGAGGAAGAAGAAGCCAAUUACAACACCAUCCUGUAUGAGCAAAACCUAAAGGACGAAAUAGACUACUACGGGGAAGACCUACCACACAUAAAUUUUUAUUUGAAAUUCCAACGGAAGAACUUUUUGCAGGAGUUCCUCCAGGAGGUGGUGCUGCCGAGUGGGGGCAGAUCGGUGGAGGAAAGCAAGCAGACGGCGGGCGUCACUCCGGUGGGGCAAAACAAGCAGACGGCGGGAGUCCCCCCCGUGGAGGAAAACAGGGAGGCUUCUACCACCGGGGAGGGGAGCGCCCUCGAUAAUGCCAUCGCGCGGGAUGCACACCUGGAGGAGGUGCUGAAUGAGGGGGGGUUCUACGUGGAAGGCGACUCAGAGGGGGAGGAGCCGCCCUGCGAGGGACCGCUUUGGGGGCAGCCCAACGAGCAACCACUUCUGGAGGAGCCUCAUUUGUUGCCCCUCCCCCCUGAAGAGGAGACCCCCACUGUGGAACAUCAAUGUGAUGAGGCCAACGUGAGGGAUGCCAACGUGAGGGAUGCCAAUGUGAGGGAUGCCAAUGUGAGGGACGCCCAACUGAGGGACGCCCAACUGAGGGACGCCCUACUGAAGCUCACUCAGGGCAACCCCGACCUGACGCACCUAUACGAAGGCGACGAAGCGGUGAAGCAGUUGAAUGAGAUUUUCCAAAAAAAUAAAGACAAAUUCAUGUUUAGCGUGGAGCGGCAAGUGGGAACGAACGGAGAGCUAAUUCUUCAAGAGUAUUGCUUCCUUUGCAACAAAAAAAAAAAAUUAAACAAACCCCUGUGUGCAGUCAACAUCUACGUUUGCUACGAUUGCAAAGUGACCGACAGUAACUUCAAAAUGAUAUCCCUAACCAAGCUGGUGAGGAAGUAUUGCCUUAACCAUUAUGACUUGUGUAAGUACCAAAAGGACCUAGCUCUUCUGUGCAUGAAAAACCCACGUGGGUAUUCCAAGCAAAUGAAGUUAUAUUUUUUAUUUCAAAUUAAAGAAAUUGCCAUAAGAAAGCAUGGGUCCUUGGAAAGGGUGAAGCAGCUGUACACCUCCAAACUGUUAAACUCUUUUAGGAACGCUCAGGCAACUCCUCAGAUGAAGAAGAAACGGAAGGAACUACACAAAAUGGUGAAACCUAAGAGCAUCUACAGCAAGAAGGUUAAACAGGAGGAGGACAAAAAAAUCAUUUGCGAUGACAAUCAGCACCAGUUUGACUCCCCCACUUGCACCAACGCGCAGGACUCCCUCUACGUCAAGAGGUGCAAGCGCUGCGCCUACCAGGUGGAGUACAUGCAGUUCUGA